CGUCCUGACAAAUGACAAUACUGACAUUGCGCCUUGAUUCCGUCAAUGUGCCGCUGAUUGCCAAAUUAAGGGUGCCACACGUGUUUAUAUGUGGUUAUAUUAAAAUUGUCUUUUAUUAGUAUUGUCGAAGUUCAGUAAAUAUUAUAAGUGACCUAAAACUUACAAAUGGGUCGUAAAGCAAAGUUUGAUGAAACAAAAAAAGUUAAGAAGGGACCUGGAAGAAAAUCCAAGAAACAACCUGAUCCUGUGUUCAAAAAGGGGCUCAUUGAUGAUGACAAGGAAGAGAAAAAGUUAAGUCAUAGACAGAAACAAAGAGCAGCCCGUAGGGCUAAAAAGAAGAAGGAAAUCAUAGAAAAGAAGAAAGCCUUGAAAGAAGCAAAGAAAAAUAUUGCCAAACAACAGGAGAAGACUAUUGAUGAAUCUGAUGAUGAAAUUUCAGGAGAUGAAAAUGCUAAAGGUUUUACAGAUGAUAAUAAAGAAUGGCUAACAUUGAAACAAAAAGGCAAGAAAAUGAUUCAAGAAUCAAAAUCAGACAGUGUAAAUGAAAGUGAUGAGGGUUCUGAUGAAAAUAUGUCAGAUGCAGAAGACAACAUGUCUGAUGCGGAAAAAGAACAGGACCAAGAUUCUGAUGAUGGUGAUGAUGAUAACGAUGAAGUAGAAAAGUCUGCACUGAAGUCAGGCAAAGAAAUGUAUAAGGUGGGCAAACUUGAUGAUCUAUUCAAUGAUACAGAUGAUGAACAAGAACAAGAUGACGAGGAAGAUACAAGUGUUUCUAACAAAAUUACUUACCACUCAGAUUCUAGUGAGAAAGAUGAUGAUGAUAAUGAUGAUGAGGGAGAUGAUGAUAUGUUACCAAUUGAGAAAGCAAAUAUUAAAUUAAAACGGAAACAGAGACUUGACAAAAAGUUAGCAGAUCAAGAGCUACAACUGAAUAUUGCUAAACAGGAUGUAUUUGCUUUUCCUAGUGAAGAAGAAUUACAAAACCCAACUAGUCUACAAGAUAUUCACCAAAGGAUAAAAGAUGUUGUUUCGGUUUUAAAUGAUUUCAACCGGUUGAAAGAAGAAGGCAGGUCUCGUUGUGAAUACACUGAUUUGUUGUUGAAAGAUUUAUGUGUGUACUACAGUUACAAUGAAUUCUUGAUGGAAGUGCUAAUGCAAAUAUUUCCAGUUCAAGAGUUAGUUGAAUUCCUAGAAGCUAGUGAAGUAGCUCGGCCAUUAACAAUAAGGACAAACAGUCUUAAGACUAGAAGACGUGAUUUAGCUCAAGCGCUUAUAAAUAGGGGAGUCAAUUUAGAUCCAGUAGGCAAAUGGAGUAAAGUGGGACUUGUGAUCUACAGUUCAACGGUUCCAAUUGGUGCUACACCUGAAUAUUUGGCUGGCCAUUAUAUUUUACAGGGAGCAUCUAGUUUUCUGCCUGUCAUGGCAUUAGCUCCACAAGAAAAUGAAAGGAUUUUAGAUAUGUGCGCUGCACCAGGUGGUAAAGCAUCACACAUUGCUGCCAUUAUGAAAAAUACAGGAUCACUUUUUGCUAACGAUGCAAAUAAAGAAAGAACAAAAGCUAUUGUUGGUAACUUCCACAGACUAGGUGUAGUCAAUGCAGUUAUAUGUAAUUAUGAUGGUAGAACAUUCCCAGAAGUUAUUAAAGGUUUUGACAGAGUUCUAGUUGAUGCCCCAUGCACUGGUACUGGUGUAAUUGCAAAAGAUCCUAGUGUGAAAACGAGUAAGGAUCAAAAGGAUAUUCAGAGGUGUUUCAAUUUACAAAGGCAACUACUAUUAGCUGCAAUAGAUUGUUGCAAUGCAAAGUCAAGUACAGGUGGUUAUAUUGUUUAUUCUACCUGUUCUAUAUUACCUGAAGAAAAUGAGUGGGUAGUUAAUUACGCUUUGAAGAGACGAAAUGUAAAAUUAGUUCCAACUGGUCUUGAUUUUGGUACUGAGGGUUUUGUGAAGUACAGACAUCACAGAUUCCACCCUUCUCUGAAGUUAACUAGAAGAUUCUACCCACACACACAUAAUAUGGAUGGUUUCUUUGUAGCAAAAUUAAAGAAGUUUUCUAAUGUCAUUCCUGAGCCUUUUAAAGAUGAAGAUGAUGAAGAGGUUAAGGAAGGGGAAGAGAUUCAACAAAAUGGUGAUGCAACACAAGAGGAAAAAGAUUCAACAAAAAAAGCUCCAGUAAAAAGGCCAGCAGAAGUGAGUAAAGUGGAACCACAAAAUAAGAAGAGUAAAUUCACGAAACCUGUGAAUGGAGCUAUCCCAGCAAAUGAAAGUAAGGCAAUAAAUGAAAGUACAAAAGUUUCACAACAAAUUACACAAGUAACAAAUGUUCAAAAUAAAAAGAAAAAGCGCAAAAAUAAAAAGAACAAAAAUGCGGUUGGUCAAAAUUCAGAAAAUAGUGGUAUUUCCCAAUCAAAAAGUAUAAAUGUAAGUAAAGGUCAAGAAAAAGUUGUAGCAAAAUCAGAGAAUAGCACACAGCAACCUAAAGUAUCAAAUUCGGAUAAAAAAGACGCAAUUAAUAAAAAUAGCGACAAUGUAGAGAAUAAGAGCCCAGGAAAGAAUAAAAAGAAAAAUAAAAAGAACAAAAAUGCAGGUGGUCAAAAUUCAGAAAGUAGUAUAAAUUCUAAACAACAAAGUAUAAGUGGGGAACAAGAAAAAGUAAAAGCAGAAACAGAAAAGUCUGCACAACAACCAAAAGUAUCAAAUUCAGGCAACAAAGAGUCUCUAAAUAAAUCUACUGAUAUUGUAGAAAAUAAAAGUCCAGGAAAAAAUAAAAAUAAAAACAAAAAGAAGAAUAAGCAAGUUAUGAAAAAUACAGAUACAAAUGUUAAUAAGAAUGAAGAGAAAAUAACAGAAAAAAUCGAAAUGAUGGCUGCCAAAAAACUCAAAAACAAAAAGAAGAAGAAGCAAGUUGGACAACUAAAUGGCAAAAACAAAAAUUUGGAUACAAAAACGAGUAAUGGAUCAAACAAAUUCAAGAAAAAUAAGAAUAAGAAAAACUUAAAAGUUUAAAAAAUAAAUAUUUAAUACAUAUUAUUAAUUU